AUGCUGUGCGGACCAUCACGUCGACCGGUCCAAGCUUAUGGAGAACCGCUGACCUGACCAGGGUGUUGAAAUGGAACAUAUAUUUCUGGUUCUUUUACUCUUCGGUAAGGUUUUAUCUGUCAAAGCGCAAUUCAAUGGAUACAACUGUGACGGGAACUUUCACAGCCGCAUCCCCGUGGAGAGGGACAUCAGCGUGUACUGCGGGGUCCAGACGAUCACCCUCAAGAUUAACUUCUGCCCCGUGCUCUUCUCCGGUUACACUGAUACUGACCUGGCCCUCAACGGUCGCCAUGGAGAUGCUCACUGCCGUGGCUUCAUCAAUAACAACACCUUCCCCACACUGGUUAUCUUUAGCAUCAGUCUGGCCUCUCUGGAGUCUUGUGGCAAUGCACUAACGGUCUCUACAGCCCACGGCCCUAACGCCUACGGAAACCUGUCCCUGGUUCAGAUUGGGAGCAUUUCGGGGUACAUCGACACCCCGGAUCCCUCCACCGUCAUCAGUUACCUGCCCGGGCUCCAGUACAAGUUCAGCUGCAGCUACCCUCUGGAAUACCUCGUCAACAACACACAGCUCGCUUCGUCAGCUGCUGCUAUUUCUGUGAAGGAGAGCAAUGGUACAUUCGUCAGCACGCUCAACCUGCUCCUGUACAAUGACUCAUCAUACGUACAGCAGCUGGCAAUCCCCAUGGCCGGGCUCACUCUGAAGACCAGGGUUUUUGCAGCGGUCAAAGCCACCAAUCUGGACAGAAGAUGGCACGUUUUAAUGGACUACUGUUACACCACCCCCUCUGGAAACCCCAACGACGACCUCCGCUACGACCUUUUCUUCAGCUGUGAUAAGGACCCUCAGACCGCUAUCCUGGAAAAUGGGAAGAGCCAGAUGGGGCGAUUUUCCUUUGAAGUGUUCCGCUUCGUAAAACACAAGAACCAAAAGAUGUCUACGGUAUUCCUGCACUGUGUCACCAAGCUGUGCCGCUCUGAUGACUGCCCCAUGCUCAUGCCAAUUUGUGGCAGUCGGAAAAAACGAGAUCUCUCCGAAGGGAAAGAUUCAAACCCAGCAUCUGGAAACGCUGUUCUGACGGCUGGGCCUAUCAUCACCCGGAGUGAAGAAACUCCAACUAACAACUCGCAAUGGGGUCAUCUGAAGACCUCCACAUUUCCAGUGAACUCAGUGACCAGUGCUCUGAUCUCCGGUGUGGUCAUUCUGGGGGUCAUGAGCGCAUGUCUCUUCAUCCUCUCCCUCACUCUCCUCAGACGCAAAAGUCUUCCUCCCAGCAGCCUCAGCGGAGCUCAUAAUCCAGUUUUCAGCUAGAACCGAG